GGGCGGGGCCUCGGGCGAUGACCAGCGGGCCGCUGGAAGCAGCGAAGUCCGUGUUGCUCCCGGCUGGCGGGCGCAGCGCGGGGCCGGUCCGGGGCGUGCCGGCUGGGCCGCAGCAUUUUCCACAGGGACUUUUCAAGUACUAGGAUUCUAGGGCAUCUGGAGUACUGUAUUCACUUGUGGUAUUUUCGGGAGCUUACUGUGCAAGUGUGAGGAUAGUAUUUCAGGGACCCAAGUGUUGCACAGAGCACAGUGGCCGCUUGCUGCUCUGUGGGGUGGCUGCUCAUUACUAGUGCCAGGAUGCCUGAUGUCAUGUGGCCUGUGCUUUGGUCCGUGGUGCGUACCUAUGCUCCCUAUGUCACCUUUCCUGUGGCCUUUGUGGUCGGUUCUGUGGGCUACCACCUGGAAUGGUUCAUCAGGGGAAAGGCUCCUCAGCCUGUGGAGGAGGAAAAGAGCAUCUUGGAGCGUCGAGAGGACCGAAAGCUGGAUGAGCUGUUAGGCAAGGACCACACGCAGGUAGUGAGCCUUAAGGACAAGCUGGAAUUUGCCCCCAAAGCCGUCCUGAACAGAAACCGUCCAGAGAAGAAUUAAUGGAGGGCCCAGGUCCCUGUGAUCCAUGGGGCUAUGAUAUGCCCUGCCACCACGUCGACCCAGCUUCAGAACAUACAUCUGAUUUGCUUUGCUGCUCACUCCGGCCCCUUCUGCAUCCCACCGCCACAAACGUCCUGGCUGGUCCAUUGUGGCUGUACAGCUGCAGCAGCAGGGGCCAAUGAAGAGGAAGGCUGCGUCUGCUGGAUGGGCUGUCCCCAUGACUGUGGACUUCUGAUCUUACCUGGGAGCGCUGCAGGGAAGAGCCCUAGGGAAUGAACACUGCUCUCAGGCUCCCUGGGGAGAGGCUUGGCCUCAACUGGGAAUGGUUGGGCUUGUUGUUGCCAUGAGGAGGGUCACUUCCAUGUCUAGUUGUACUUUUUGCACUGGACACAAUUCAGAAGUCUCCCUGGCUCCCUUGAAGUGUUUUUCCUGUUCACUGGCACGGUUGUGCCUGUAUCAGCUCAGGAGUGGGUUCUCAGGGGAAGGAAAGCACAUUUCUGUUAUGGGGAGCUCAGGCUGUUUACCUUGGGCAGAAGGCAUAUGCCUGGAAACAAUCCCUGUCUUCCACCCUCCCUCACUUGUAGUGGGAACCUAAUUAAAGUGGCACCUGAGACAUA